AUGAACAACCGGAUUGAUGAAGCCAGACUCGUUUUAUUGAAAACUAAUGAUAACGAAAUGGAAAUCGAUGAGAGAUUGAAUGAGAUUCGAAAAGUGGCUUUGAAUGCCAACGAUGCUCGAUUGGUUUGGAAGGAAUUGGUGAAUCCAACUCCGGGAGUUAAGAGAAUGUUGAUCGCAGGGUGCGGAAUCCGAUGUUUUCAACAAAUAACGGGAAUUGAUGCGAUCGUGUAUUAUAGCCCGAUGAUUUUUAAAAGUGCGGGAAUCACCGGGAAUUCCCAUCUACUUGGAACAACGAUGGCCGUUGGAUUCACAAAAACAUUUGUGAUCGUGGUAGCAAUCGUUCUUAUCGAUAGAAUCGGGAGGAAACCGUUGUUGUACGUGAGCACAAUCGGAAUGACUUUAUGUACAUUAAGCCUCGGAAUCGCGUUUUCCGUUCUUAAGAAUAGUUCCAUCGGAAUGGAAUCGGUUGUGGUGUUCGUUUGUGGGAAUGUGGGGUUUUUCUCAAUUGGAAUCGGGCCGGUAUGUUGGGUUUUAAGCUCCGAAAUUUUCCCAUUACGGCUACGAUCACAGGCUUCGGCAAUUGGGGUGGUUGGGAAUCGGGUUAUUAGUGGCAUUGUGGCAAUGUCUUUCCUUUCAAUUGCCAGACGAAUUACAAUGGGUGGUGUUUUCUUUCUUUUUGCGAUAAUUUCUGGUUUUUCUGUUUUGUUUGUUCACAAAUGUGUUCCAGAAACGAAGGGAAAGUCGUUAGAACAAAUUGAAACGAUAUUCCAGAGUGCGAGGAGGGAAUUGGAGAUUGAAGAACAACGUCUAGUUAUGUCCAAAUCUAAAUAUUAA